UGUGUUCUGGCCGCACUGUCUAUUCCCACUGGGUUUCUGCUUUGUCCCGGUUGCCAGCCCACCAGCAAGGUCACCUGGUAGGUAGGUAGAGGUUACAACCUUGGCCUCCCAGCUUUUAGAAGCACUGAAGGGGCAACAGCACAGAUGCGACCUAGGAUGUCUGAGGUCUGCGGGGCAGACAGGAUGAAAGGGAAGGGAUGCAUCUCGCUCCUAAGGGCCGCUUGCUAGCCUCAAUGACAGGCUUGUAUGCUUGUAUGACUCCCUAGGCCAGUGGCAGAGGGGAUGGAUGUCUCCGCGGGACGACAAGCCUCCUCCUUCACUUCACAGGCUGGAAAGCUUUGUCUAUGCUCUGGGCUCUGAAAGUUGUGAUCCCGCUCCCCAGAGGUGGUACCGACUUUGUUCUGCUGUGGGUGGAUCAAGGCUAUUAGCUAGCCCAUGACCUUCGGAAAGUGUUAGUUUCCACUACGGAUCUUGCUUCCAGGUGUUCUGGCGGCCGAACCUCCCCGCCCCUGGCCCUCCCCUUGGGAUCUAGCUCCAAGCCAGCAUCCUCCUCCUUCUUGGUCCUGGGCUGCAAAAGCUAAAAGCUGGGGAGGCUCCAGGCUGAAUACGCUCUGGACUCUCGAGCCUGGCUAGAGUGAGCCAGGGAGGGCGAGCCCAGUAGGUGCUAUGCGCUUCUUCUCGGGCAGGAGUAGAUAAGUUUCCAGUGGAAUCUCCAGCACCACUGCGUUCCCUGCAGGACGAGUCCCGGGGGCCGGAUGCUAUCAUGGAGCCCUCCCGAGAGUUGCCGCAAAGUUCCGAGGAGCCAAGCUCUGUGUCUUCCGGAGACCCUCCAGCCUCAGAAGAGCUGUCGGUCCCGGAGGUGCUCUGCGUGGAGAGUGGCACUUCGGAGACCCCGAUUUCUGACGCUCAGUUCCAGGAAAGGCCACUGUCGCCGCAGAAAGAGGCAGCUCUCUUGGAGCAGGAGGAGCUACUGGAAUACCGCCGCCCUCGUGCUCGAUCUUUCUCUUUGCCGGCCGAAUCCAUCCUGCAGGCGGCCAAGCUCCUGCAGCAGCGGCAGCAGGAAGCGCAGUCAAGCUCAGAGGGUGGCGAGCGGGCCGGCAACUGCUGUGCCAAGUGCAAGAAGCGCGUGCAGUUCGCGGACUCCUUGGGGCUGAGCUUGGCCAGCGUGAAGCACUACAGUGAGGCAGAGGAGCCGCAGGUGCCGCCUGCGGUGCUUUCCCGUCUCCACAGCUUCCCGUUGCGCGCAGAGGAUCUGCAGCAGCUCGAGGGCCUGCUGGGGGUGACAAAGGUGCCCGGGCCCCUCUUGGCGCCGUGCGCCCGGCUCCGACCCCUUUUCCAGCUCCCGGGGCUGAGCGCUGCCGAGGAGCGUCUGCAGCGACAGCGAGUGUGCCUGGAGCGCGUGCAGUGCUCUCAGCCGCCCCGCGCCGAGGUGACUGGAUCCGGCCGGGUAAUCAUCUGCCCUGGACCCAGGACAGUGGCGGUGCGCUACACCUUCACGGAGUGGCGCACAUUUCUGGACGUGCCAGCUGAGCUCCAUCCGGUGUCACUAGAGUCUAUGCCUCCUGUGAGCUCAGGGGAGUCUCUAGCAGGGGCUGGGGAGAGUGAGGAGAAGCUGGGCACGGAACGUUUCUCCUUCUCUCUGUCCCUGCCCCCGGGCCUGCAACCCAAAGAAGGGGACGUCGCUAUUCAUUUUGCCAUCUACUACCGCUGUGAACUGGGCGAAUACUGGGACAACAACGAGGGGGUCAACUAUACCUUGCGCUAUGUGUGCUCCCCAGAUCCUCUCUGA